CCGGAUUGAGUCGCUAAGGGGUAUAAGAUGACAGCAAGGAUGCUUUUAGCUUUGGUCCUGAUGGGAAUGCUCUCCGUGCCAGGGGUCCACCCAGCUGGUAUGUUUGAGCUGAAGGUCCACUCAUUCAACAGCCCCCGUGGGGUAUGUGUGGCUGGUCGCUCCUGCCGCAUCUUCUUCAGACUGUGUUUGAAGCAUGCUCAGCCUGUGGUGUCGCCAGAUCCACCCUGCACAUUUGGGACUGCUCUCAGUGACCUUAUGGCCAUGGAUCCAGAAGCCAUAUCAUCCAGCACCCCCAUACGUAUCCCCUUUCACUUCAAAUGGCCAGGGAUUUUCUCGCUUAUUAUCGAGUCCUGGAGCGCGCACACAGCGGAGAAGUCAACAGAAAAUCCUGACAAUCUCAUCAGCCGAUUGGCUACUCGCCGGCGCCUGUCCGUUGGGGAGGACUGGUCUCAGGACAUUCACCUGGGCCAGCAAAGCGAACUGCGCUACUCCUAUCAUGUCUCCUGUGAUGAACAUUACUAUGGUGACAGCUGCUCUGACUAUUGCCGUCCACGAGAUGACACCUUUGGCCAUUACGUCUGUGAUAAUGAAGGACGUCGCCUUUGCCUGACCGGUUGGAAGGGCGAGUAUUGUGCUGAACCAAUCUGCCUUCCUGGCUGCAGCGAGUCUCACGGCUUCUGUGAAGUGCCCGGGGAAUGCAAGUGCCGCAUGGGAUGGCAAGGUCGCCUUUGCGAUGAGUGUGUGCGGUAUCCUGGCUGUCUGCACGGAUCCUGCUCUCAGCCUUUCGAGUGCACCUGUCAAGAGGGCUGGGGUGGCCUCUUCUGCAAUCAGGACCUGAACUACUGCACCAACCACAAGCCAUGCCGAAACGGCGCCAGCUGCACCAACACCGGACAAGGGAGCUACUCCUGCAACUGCCGGCCAGGAUUCACCGGGACCAACUGCGAGAUCGAGAGCAACGAGUGUGCCAGCAACCCCUGCAGGAAUGGAGGCAGCUGUAAUGACUUGGAAAAUGACUACAAAUGUGUAUGUCCUCGGGGUUUCUAUGGCAAGAACUGCGAUAUUAGUGCCAUGACCUGUGCAGAUGGUCCAUGCUUCAAUGGGGGCACAUGUGUAGAGAAGAGCAUCGUGGGAGGUUAUGUCUGUCGCUGCCCUGUCAACUACCAUGGCUCCAACUGUGAAAAGAAGAUCGAUCGUUGUACCAACAAUCCCUGUUUGAAUGGAGGCCACUGCCUGGAUGUUGGACGUAACGCAAUAUGCAAAUGUCGUCAGGGCUUUACCGGAGCCCGAUGUGAGACAAAUAUUGAUGAUUGUGCCAGUUACCCGUGUGCCAAUGGUGGGACCUGUGUGGACAGUAUCAACACUUACACUUGCUCUUGCACUCUUGGCUAUGGAGGAAAAGACUGCACUCAGCGGGUUGAUGCCUGCAGCUCCAGGCCCUGCUUUAAUGGAGCCACCUGUUACACCCAUUUUAGUGGCCACGUCUGCCAGUGUCCUACCGGGUAUAUGGGCUCUAGAUGUGAGUUUCGAGUCCAGGAGCCAACUUCAGCUUCCUACUAUGCUGAUCCCCCUUCCAACGUGGCUCUGGCUGUAUGCUUGGGUGUGAUCACCUUUUGCUUGCUAGCCUGCGGGUUGGUGCUGCUGAUGAGAAGCAUCAAAAAAGGCCUUAAAGAUCAGAAGGGGAUAGUGACCAAUGACCUGGAGCAAAAGAACAACUUAAAAGAGAAAGAGCCUUUCCUUAUCUCUCCACCCCAUUUUAAGAUGCCCAAUCAAGACUGCCUGAGGGAAAAGUCCCGGAGCAAGCAGAAGCUCCUGCCAACAUCUGACAUGGAGGAGGAGAGAGAUGGGCAACGGACAAAGACAGAUUCUGGAAACUGUAAUGCCUUGGGGAAGCACCAAGACGCUCUGUGUCACUCUGUAUACCUGCUUCCCGGAUCCUCAGAACAGUGUGUCUUUGCCACUGAGGUCUAA